AUGUCGCAGUACACUCUGGGAGUUCACCUGCAGAUUCUGCUGGCUGUGGGCCUGGCCGUGUUCUGCUACUGUCUGGUUCUCGGUUGCGUCCUUUGCUGUCGCAGAAAGAAGAGGGCUUCAUCCGAGGACAAGGAGGCAGUUUUCUUGUCUCCUCAUCCUGCAGAGAGGGUGACCGUGACAUUGACUCCGUCUCCGUGUACGCAGCCCGUUAAGCAGCAGUAUGAGGAGCUGGAUGGAGAUGUGUUGGAAUUUCCUUCCUCUAAAAGCAGCUCUUCUCCCUCUGAGGAUGAUCUAACUGCUCUGCCUUUUGACACCAACCCUACCAGUUCAGCUGAGCUGGUGCAGUCUCUGGGGUCAUCUUUCCCAAUGCGGCGCCUCAGCACCCCGGCUGUUCCCUACUCACCCAGUAAACCCCAAAGUCAUGGCAGAGCUUCUUUGCCCUCCCUCACUAAGAUGAAUCUGGUGUCCAAAUCUCGUCGGGCGAUGGGUCGACGAAGCACUGUGAGCGGUGAGAGUUUUCUUUACAGCGAAAGCAGUCGACUGACUGCUGGUGCUGCCAGAGCUCCUACCCAGCAGGGGGAGCUAUCACGGUAUGGCUCUAACUCUCUAUCCAUCCCCUCUAAACCUGCUCCUCUCCUGCACUUCUCCCUGCUCUUCUCCUCUGCCUGCGGCACCCUGGCGGUCAACAUCCUGGGGCUCUCGGGGGCCAGUCGAAGGCGCAGCGGGGUGUUUGUCCGAGUCAGCCUUCCUCCACUCUGCCCCUCCCCUCAGCAGAUCGCCUCUCGGCGCCGUAGCCUCAGCCCAGACCUCCACAGUCAGAGCUUUGUGCUGCAGGUGGGCUCAGUGGAAGAGCUGUGCACCUGCACCUUGAGACUAGCUGUCUACAGCAGGGACUUCUCAGGCCUGAGAGAGACUGCGCUGGGGGUGGUGGAGCUGCUCUGUGAGCAAAUGGAUUGGGAACCCGACAUCACCACCACCUACACCAGGCAGCUCAGCCCAACUAAAAACAAGUUGAAAAAGAGUGUGAGUUCUCAGGAAACCUUGGGUCACAGGAAGAGCUCAGUGUGUGCACCACGUGCUUUAGGCCAACUGUUCAUCCUGCUGCAGUACCAGACGCUGGCCCAACGCAUCAAAGUGAUGGUCCGAAAGGCUGAGAAUCUGGCCAAGCUCACAAGGAUCCCAGGAGCUCCAGACCACUACGUUGUCAUCAACUUGCGUCAGGAUGGGAAAGUAAUUGGUACCAAGGAGACCAAAGGAGCCAGUGGUCCGAACCCCGUCUGGAACGCUCCAUUUCUGUUUGACGUGCCCCCUGGUGACAUCACUCAACUGCCAUUAGUGCUUGAAUUCAUCAUCAUGCAGGGCCGUCUCUACACUAAGAGCAGUGCUUUGGGUCGUGUGCUGAUUGGCAGCGAUGCUUCAGAGGCGGGACAGGGACACUGGAAGGAAAUGUGCAGUCGGGGGCAAAUAGAAACGGCUCGCUGGCACACCAUCCAAUCGGAUGUGUAGGACUGACAGACAGACUGCACCAGUGUCCCUUUGCAGCCUAGUGAGUGUCCUAGAGGUGGAGUUCCUUGUAGGUGGGAAUAACAUGCGAUAACUGCUGCCAAAGUAUUUAUUUUGUAUUUUUGUUUUUGUUUUUUUAGUUCUGUUGUGGAUUUUUGCUCGCCAUGCUAACUUUGAGAGUUUUCCAUGUUAUUUAUCAACAGAUAAUGUUCAUGAAUUAAAUACUUAGUAAUGCUGUUCAAGGGAGAGACAAUAUUCAGAUGGUCCGUGUGUAUCUACACAUUGAUCACCGUGUGGAGGAGUGUGUGAGGAGGGAUGUGCAGCAGUUCUCUCCAUAUCAACAGUAUUCUGCAUCCCUGCAUUGCCUUUUUCAUUAUUUCCACUGUGACUUCUUAAAACUGUAGUCUGUAAAACUGUAUCAUACUGGAUGUACUGUAUGCAAUUUGUGCUGAUGUUGUAGUACUGUUUGUAUUGUGCCCAGAGGCUACAAAUGUUAAUGUUCAAUAGAACUUGUUGGAUUUUCAAAGAUUUCAGUGCAAAUUUCGGUGCAUCUAUGUUGCCACUCUGCCUGUGGUUUGCUGUGGUGUAUUGCUGUGCCAGUAUUUGUCCACAAGCUGUAAACACAUCUGACAUUCAGUGUGAGGCCGUUACACUGGCCUCACUUUAUGUAGCAUGUGGGCUGAAUUAUUGUUUUAUUUGUGCAGUUCCCAAAAGGGGAAAAAGGUUUUUGUCCUCUUUUCAGCCACUGGAACUUACAAUAAACAUGUGGUGGCUUUAUGAUU